GAAUGUAUUCAGAUUCUUUGCACCCUCCCAGCCAGCUUCAGGAAGAACCUCACUCAUUGAAAGACUCCAGGUCAUCAUCAUCAUGCUGGCUCAUGGUUAUGUCUGGAUUUUCUGCAUAAUGCUUGCAAAUCACAUCACGUUACAGGUGUGUGGUCAAGGCUCGAACCGGUUGAAGCUUACAGUCCUCUCAGAAGACAGGUUGCAGAUGAAAUGGAAAGGAACGGAAGGAAACACCCACGGGUACAAAGUUCGGGUGAAGCCCAUGGCAGGUGACUCUGAGCAGGAGGUCAUGCUGAAAACUAGGAUGGCAAAAGCCACGGUAGGAGGGCUGAGUCCCACAAAGGAGUAUACCCUGAAGAUCUACAUCCUCAAUGGUUCUCAGGAGGCCCUCUUUGUCAAGAGGAAAUUUGUGAUUGAAGAGCUGAAAAACCUCUCCCAAGCUACAAGUAACAGAAGACACCCAACGGGUGCCCCAGAAAAGAUGGAGACAUCUCUAGGAACCCCAGCGGCUGAAUACAUCCUGGAGACUGAAGCCACUUCGCUGGCUACCACCAGCGAAACAUCAAUUGGGAUAAGAAGGGAUGACCUAGACAAGAAAAGGCAAAAGGGAGUAAUUUCUAAAGAGGUGAGCAAAUACAUGCCAUAUGUCGAACCGACUGUGAUGCUAAGAGCACUGACAACCAUGAAGACAACUCUGUCAAGGCCAGUGGAAUUUGAAAUGGACUAUCUGGCUGAAGAGAAGACAUCCAUAGAAGGCUCAAGGAGAGUUUCUCACUUUCAAUGUGACACCUCUGCAAGGACUGAUAUCAUCCUUCUUGUUGACGGCUCCUGGAGCAUCGGGCGCAACAAUUUUGGACUCAUCAGAGAAUUCCUAGCUGGUUUGGUUGCACCUUUCAACAUUGCUCAGGACAAGAUAAGAGUGGGCUUGUCCCAGUACAGCAGUGACCCACGCACAGAAUGGGAUCUGAAUACAUACUCCACACGGGAUGAGGUGUUAGAGGCCCUUAGGAGCUUGCAGUAUAAAGGAGGCAACACAUUCACAGGACUAGCACUGACCCAUGUCCUAGAACAGAAUCUGAAACCUGAAGCUGGUACUCGAUCAGAUGCUCCCAAACUGAUCAUUCUGUUGACUGAUGGCAAAUCUCAGGAUGAUGCCAGUCCAUCUGCCCAGACGUUGAAAGACAUGGGAAUAGAGAUAUUUGCAGUUGGGGUCAAAAAUGCGGAUGAGGCAGAGUUGCGCCACGUGGCCUCUGAACCAUUGGAGCUGAUGGUGUACAAUGUGUUGGAUUUCCCUCUGCUCAGUUCUCUGGUCGGGCGGCUUACCCAAGUCCUAUGCUCCCGGAUCAAGGAGAAGAAUAAGGACAAGAACACAGGUGAUGACUCUGUAAAAGCCAUUCCAGUGAAUACCAGCACUCAUCUAAGCCCAACCAAUCUUGCUAUAAAGGAGGUGACUUCCAGAAGUAUGCGCCUCAUCUGGACACCACCAGUGAUGCCAGCAAAAAAAUACAGGGUAGUCUACUACCCGUCUAGGGGUGGGAUUCCCAAAGAGGUCGUUUUAGAUGGGACAGCCUCGGGUGUGCAACUCCUCAACUUGACAUCCCACACAGAAUAUCUGGUUUCGGUGUUUCCUAUUUAUGAGAAUGUUGUUGGAGAUGGGCUCAGAGGCAUCACCUCAACAUUACCUCUCUCUGCCCCUGGGUCCCUCCGAGUGUCUGAAAUCAGCCACAACAGCAUAAGACUGACCUGGGAGCCAGCAGAUGGUGCUACUCAGUAUCUGGUUCUUUGCUCCUCAGCACCCAACGGGGCAGAAGAUGACACUAAAGAGCUCAUUCACACAAGCAAAUCAUCACUAGAUGCUGCAGUCAUCAGAUGGUGA